CGUUACAUAAAAACAUUCAAGAGAAAAUACGAAAAGAAAUACAAGACGUAUUGGGAGAUAAGAUACCCACAUCACUGGAUGAUUUGACUCGUUUGACUUAUGUUAGAGCUGUCAUCAAGGAAACUUUGAGACAUAGUGGUACUAGCAAUCUAACACUUCGGAAGUUAGAUAGGGACUUUCUUAUCCAGAACAAAUACUUUAUUCCCAAAGACGCUUUUGUCGUAAUUCCUACACGUCUUCUUCAUCGAAAUUCAGAUUACUGGAGUAAUCCUGACGAGUUUGAUCCCGACCGGUUUAUGGAAACCAACGAAAAAGUCGAGAAUAGACCACGAAUGGCAUACGUUCCGUUUGGGUUUGGAGCUCGGUCAUGUCUUGGACAGAGAUUUGCGAUGAAUACACUUUCGUUGAUAGCUUGCUUGUUUGUUAGAAAAUUUGACAUAGAUGCUGUUACCAAAGAGGAUGAGAUAGUUUGGAAGACUAACAUAUUUUCGGAUCAUUCAAGCAAUGGCAUUUGGUUAAGAUUUAGUCCGAGAAAUGAAGGACGUCAAAGCAGUCAAAUUGAAUAA